AUGCGUGUCUGCCUUCUGCUCGUCUCUGCCAUUGUGGCAACCGCAUCUGCUUCCGCCUUGGGCGCACGCAAUGACAACAAGGACUUUGACAAGGAUAAGGACUUCGACAAGGACAAGCACUUCGACAAGGACAAGCACUUCGACAAAGACAAGGACUUCGAUAAGGAUAAGGACAAGGACUUUGAUAAGGACUGGAACAAGAACCUGAUCUGCGGUGUUGGCGGCAUCUCAGAUUUCUUUGACUUCAAGCACUUUUUGCACCAUAUCUGCGACUGCCCUAAGUUUACCAAGUCCACCCCAUUCUUCAAUAAGGAGGGCGUCCUGGUUGGAAACGUUUGUGCCCGGGAGCACCUCGACGGAAUUAAGCCACUUGAAACCCCCGUGUGGUAA